AUGACCACUCGCUAUCGUGUCGAAUAUGCCCUCAAGACUCAUCGCCGCGAUCAACUGAUCGAAUGGAUCAAGGGUCUCCUCGCAGUCCCCUUUGUGCUGCAUUCCCAACCCACAGCCAUUUCUCAAGAAUCCAGCGAGCGGCUCAAUACCGUUGCGGCUGAUACUCACCUACGCUAUGCCGAGAUUAUGCGCGAUGUCGAAAACCUGAUCCUUGAUCAUAUCGAACAUCACGAACGCAAUGCCCCCGGCAAAUCCAAGCUAAAGCUCCUAGUUCCUUCAGUUGGGUUCUUUUUCACCCGGCUCCAUCUCGAAGACGCCUUCAAGUACCAAGAUCAACGCCGCUUCAUCAGCCGCCGACGCUUCGUAGCACCCUCCUUCAACGACAUCCGCCUAAUCCUAAACUCCGCCCAACUACAGGGUCUCGUGCGAUCCAGCGAGGUCCAGCUCGUCACCUUCGACGGAGAUGUAACCCUCUACGACGACGGUGCCUGCCUGACGGCCGAUAACCCCGUCAUCCCCCGGAUCAUGCGUCUUCUCCAGCAAGGGCGCAAAGUAGGUAUUGUCACCGCGGCCGGGUACGAAGAGGCUCCGAAGUAUUAUGGCCGCCUACAGGGACUCUUGGAUGCGGUGUAUGAGUCGACUAGCUUGACUCCCGCCCAAAAGCAAGGUAUCAUUGUCAUGGGCGGCGAGAGUAAUUUCCUAUUCCGCUUUGACCCGGACUCGGACGUUCGAUUGACUUACGUGCCUCGUGAUGAAUGGCUACUUGAUGAGAUGCGCGCUUGGAGGGACGAUGAUAUCAAGGAGCUUCUUGAUCUCGCCGAGUCGGCUCUGCGAGCUUGUGCGACUAAUCUCAGUUUACCAGCUGCCGUGCUGCGAAAGGAUCGCGCUGUUGGUGUCUAUCCAGUAAAUGGAGUUCGCAUUAAUCGCGAACAACUCGAGGAGACUGUCCUCGUCGUUCAGAAUACCGUAGAGAGAUCCGCAGUUGGCUCGCGACUUCCAUUCUGCGCGUUCAACGGCGGAAAUGACGUCUUCGUCGAUAUCGGCGACAAAUCCUGGGGUGUCCGAGCCUGUCAGCGCUACUUUGGCGGCAUCGAUCCGUCCAAGACACUGCACAUCGGUGAUCAAUUCCUAUCAGCAGGUGCCAAUGACUUUAAGGCCCGUCUAGCUUCUACGACUGCUUGGAUUGCCAAUCCGGCGGAGACAGUGGAUCUCUUGGAUGAGUUGGAAGGGGCAGUCAACCCAUCCAAAUAA